AUGUCUUCGCCCAAGCCUGACGACAUCCCCUGGGAGCCUGAACCUGCACCCCUGAGCCCGAAGAAGAAAAAGAAGAAAAGAAAGCAGCUGGAGCAAGAGGCAGGCAUCCACGCCCUCACCAAGGCCGGCCUCAGGGCCCUGCGGGCUGGCCGGAGCCAUGAGGCCUUAGCCAGCUUCCAGAGGGCCUUCCUCCUGGCCUCUGAGGCACCACCAACGGGGGACACCCCUGUACUCCGAGCCUGUGCCUUCAACCUAGGGGCUGCCUACGUGGAGACAGGGGACCCAGCCAGAGGCCUGGAACUGCUCCUGCGAGCCCAACCAGAGGAGAGGGCGCAGGGCGGGUAUCACGGUGACCAGUGUUUCAAUGUGGCUUUGGCCUACCAGGCCCUGGGUGACCUGCCACAAGCGUUGGCCUGGUACCACAGGGCCCUGGGCCACUACCAACCACAGGGUGACCAAGGAGAAGCCCAGGCAAAAAUGGGAGCCUGCUACCAGGCUCUGGGCCAGCUUGAGCUAGCCGCUCGCUGCCUGCAGGAAGCAAGCCAGGCCUAUGCCCGAGCGAGACAGCCGCAGGCCGCAGCCCUGGCCCUGGGCGCCGCGGCAGGGUGUAUGCUGCAGAGCGGGCGGCAUGGAGUGGGAGAGGUGGUGCAGGUGCUGGAGCAGAGCCGGAGGCUGGCCGAGAGGAGCACCAGGCGGGGACUGCUGCUGGGGCAGCUCUACAAUGACCUGGGCCUGGGCUACUCCCAGCUCCAGCUGUUCCCACUGGCCGUGGAGAUCUUCCUGCAGGCCCUGCCCCUGUGCCGGGAGCCGGGAGAGCAGGCCACUGUGCUGAGAAACCUCGGGAUGGCCCACAAUGCCCUCGGCAACUAUCGGGAAGCCCAGGAGAUCCACCGGAAGGCUGCCGACCUCCAUGGCUCCGUGGGGCAGCGCUGGGAGCAGGGCCGGAGCUUUGGCAGCCUGGCAUUUGCACUGAGCCAGCUGGGGGACCACAGGGCUGCCAGAGACAACUACCUGCACGCCCUGCAAGCUGCCCGGGACUCCGGGGACGUGAAGGGGCAGUGGCAGGCCUGUGAGGGCCUGGGGGCCGCUGCGGCCACGCUGGGGCAGUAUGACCAGGCCUUGACCCACUACGAGGAAGCACUGGCCCUCUGUCAGAAGGAGCCAGAGGCGGUGCGUACACGGCUCGUGGCCAAGCUGGCAGAUGCCAUGAGGACCCACGUGGUGCAGGUGGGGCUGGUCCAGACUCGCACCCAGAUAGCAGUUCCGGGAAGGCCUCGGGCUCGGUGUGCAACGGGGGCCAGGGUGGGUAGUGCCUCUGCGGAGGCCCAGCACAGGUCCUCCCGGAGGUGGGAGGAGAGAGAGUUUGAGGAAGGCCAGGAGGAGGAAGAAGAGGAAUCAGCGAAUGUUCUGGUCAUGUCUGGGCCUCAGAGACUGGAGGUUCCAGCUCCAGGACUCAGGGCCCAUCUUCCAGCUGGAGGCCCAGGCCCCCGAAGAGUGGAGCACUCUGGCAUCCUGGUACCCAAUGGCCCACAAGCCAAUAGGACAUCCAAGUGGCCCAGGGAGACCCUCCAUAGGGAGCCCCAGAGGCCCACUGAGUCUGGCUUCUGCAUGAUCACGUGACCUGCACCCUCCUGGCCUCCUGUCUGCAGUACCUCCCAACGCACAUACUUUAGGGGUCUGUGGGGACCAAGCCCCUUCCCGGUUGUC